AAAAAGAUGUAAUCGUUCUAGUCGAUGGCGCAAUAAAUGUCACACUAAUGACAACUGUAUAUAAAUAACACAAGGUUAGCAUUCGUCCCUUUUUAAUUUCAUUCAAUGAAGUACGACAAUAAGCAUCCAAGCGAUAUCAUUGUUGAUUAUGAAGAAGUGUCAUAUAAACAACAAACACAGGAAUUUAUUCAUGAAUUACCGCAUUAUAUCACAGACUAUAUUGUCAGUCUGUUUCCUAUUGCCACCUGGAUCCAUCGCUAUAAUCUUCAAUGGCUUGUCCGUGAUCUGAUUGCUGGUGUCACUGUGGGUGUUGUGGUAGUACCUCAGAGUAUGGGCUACGCUAAAAUUGCGCAACUGCCUGCUCAAUAUGGUCUAUAUACUGCCUUUGUAGGCCUUUGCGUCUAUUGUCUGUUUGCUACUUCCAAAGAUAUCAGUAUUGGUCCUACUGCUGUCAUGUCUUUGCUUGUAGGUCAAACAAUCACCAGAAUUACCGCUGAAAACCCAGACAUCACAGGCCCACAAAUUGCUGUUGUCAUGUCUCUCUUGACGGGUGCCAUCGCUAUGUUUAUUGGUGUUGUUCGCCUAGGUAUCUUGGUUGAUUUUAUUCCUGGUCCUGCCAUUGCUGGUUUUAUGACAGGCUCAGCUAUCACGAUCACCAUUGGUCAAUGGCCCAAAUUGUUUGGUAUCAAGGGUAUCAAUACACAAGACUCUACUUAUCUGAUCUUUGGUAAUUUCUUCAAGAAUCUGCCCAAUACAAAAUUGGACGUUGCUUUUGGUCUCAGUGGACUUGUUUGGCUUUAUGGUGUACGUUAUGGUUGUCAAUACUUGAGUCAACGAUACCCUAAGCAUGCUAAUUUAUUUUUCUUUUUGAGUAUCAUGCGUAAUGGUGUUGCUGUCAUCUUUGGUACCUUGAUUGCUUUCUUGAUCAAUAUUGGUAAAUCAACAAGUCCUAUCAGUAUCUUAAAGACUGUUCCUGCUGGGUUUACUGCUAUGGCUGUACCUCAUGUGGACACAGACUUGAUUUCUUCUGUAGCCAGUUCUUUGCCUUCUGGUGUGAUCAUUUUGAUUCUUGAACAUGUCGCUAUCGCUAAAUCCUUUGGUCGUAUCAAUGAUUACUCUAUCAAUCCAGACCAAGAAAUUAUCGCCAUUGGCUUCACCAACAUUUGGGCUGCUUUCUUUGGUGCUUAUCCUUCUACAGGUUCAUUUUCUCGUACAGCCAUCAAAGCACGUUCAGGCGUCAAGACACCUAUUGCUGGUAUUUUCUCUGCUCUUGUUGUGAUCUUGGCUCUCUAUGCACUUACGCCUGCUUUCUACUAUAUUCCUGAUGCCACAUUAGCUGCUGUUGUGAUUCAUGCUGUUUCUGACCUUGUCAGUGGUCCUAAGUAUCUUAAACGUCUUGCCAAAAUUUCUCUUUGGGAGUUAUUUGUGUUUGUGUCUGCUGUGAUCAUCACUUUCUUUACCACGGUAGAGUACGGUAUCUAUGUCUCUCUCUGCCUCUCUAUUGUGAUUCUCUUGUUCCGUAUUGCUCGUCCUCGCUUCUGGAGUCUAGGCCGUAUUCCUCUUAACCAAAAGAACGCAUCUACCACACUUGAACAGAGUUACCUCUAUGUCCCUCAAAACCAUCCUUCUCUCGGUAAACUCGUUGAGGAUUUACCUGCGGGUAUUCUCAUGUGUCGUGUGGACGAAUCCUUUACGUAUCCUAAUUCGGGGUAUAUCGCAGACCGUAUCAUUGCCUAUUGUAAAGAACACACACGUCGUCAAGCCACCUAUGUAUCCAAGGGAGACCGUGCCUGGAACGAUGAUGCCAACCCUACCAAAGAAGCCCAACGUGCCAGUCUACCUCACCUGCAUGCGCUCAUCCUUGAUUUUGGCUCUGUCAAUCGAUUGGAUUCCAGUGGUCUUCAGGCCAUUGUGGAUGCUCAAAACGCAUUGAAUCGAUAUGCGGGUCAUCAUGUCGAGUUUCAUUUCUCGAAUAUUUCUCAUCCUGCCAUUCGUCGUUCUUUGAUUGUAGCUGGGUUUGGAGAUCAGCCUGAACAUCAGCAUCAACAAGAAGUGUUGCCUGUGGUGCCUACCUCUAAAGACGGUCCUGUACAAUCAAGUAGUCAUCAUGAAACCAUUGAAGAAGUGAUAGAAACAAAGAAAGAAACAAAAGAAGAUACAGAAAGCGUCAAAACUGUACGUUCGAUUCCUUUGCCUCGAGAUAAAUAUCCAUUCUUUCACUGGAGUGCAGAUGAAGCUGUCAGGGCAGCUACAAGAAGCCUUGCUUAUCGUGAACAAGUCACCCAUCCUUAGUCUUAAUAGUUGUAUUAUAUUGUUUAUUUCUCAUUAAUAUCAUCCUACAUUUUACCAGAAC